AUGGCUACCUUACACACUCUUUCGCCUGGCCUUCCAACGCCUUCGAAGGCUGGAGCACCACUUAAACUUCGAGAUAGUUGUGACGCCUGCGCAACAUCCAAAUUGAAGUGCUCAAAAGAGAAGCCCACAUGUUCCCGCUGUGCAAAGCGUAAUAUUGCCUGUGAGUAUGUGGCUAUGAAGCGUGGAGGGAGAAAACCCGGAAGCCGAUCACAUGCAAACAGUAACCGUGCAAAUAUUGUUUCAAAUGCUAUCAUAAAUGCAAAUUUCAAGACUCAAUUACCACCAUCUUUGAACAAUAAUUUCACUCCGAAUUCCUUCACUUCCGGCGCUGAAUCUGUUCCGUCAUCAGAAAUUACUCAUCAUUCGCCAUACCAAGCUAUACCGAGCUCCUCCGAAACAUUUCUGACUUAUCUUUCGCCCACGAACCACCCUCUUUCGUCAAUGAACACAGACCUAAGUAUGGAAGUGUAUGACUCUCUUGCAUCACCCAUGGCACAGUCGUUCCCAGAUAUGGCCGAUGAGGUCGCUAUUUAUAAUCGAGAAUUCGUAUCUACCACUAGGGACUCUAGCAGCAACCGAUCAGAUGGACUAUCCAGCGCUAUCCCUAUUUUUGGAGACACCAUUUCUGAUUUCUUUGAUUUUUCUGCUCCAGACUCACCUCAUAACAACCGAACGUCUCCCAUUGAGCAUUUGCAAAGCCACCGAAAGACAUACACUUUUGACAAAGUCUGCCCAUGCUUAUUCCAGGCGCUUGGCCUCAUGAAGCAGUUAUUCCCUCGUCCUUCAAGGACCUUUAUUACAUCAGUGAAUCAGACUGUGGAUAAGAAUGCCUGCAGUCCCACCUUAACAAGCAUCAUCAGUAAAAACAAAACCGCAAUCGAAGCUGUCGAUGCGAUGCUGCAAUGCCCUUGCUCACAAGAUGUUUACUUGCUUUCCAUCAUUGUGCUUAUUGUAUCCAAAGUUUUGGGAUGGUAUGAUAUAGCAGCUAGCAAAGUGGCCAGACUCAAUGACUCGUCUAAAGCUCUGAAACGCCAACAAAUUAUAAAUCCCAUCGUAUUCGAAAGAGAUCGUGGUGUCGACAGCGAAACCUCGUCACGAAUGGCUGCGCAACUUGUACUCAGCGAGCUUCACCUCGUUCGUCGUGUUUCUAAUCAACUAUCGUUAAAACUUAAAUCGCAUAGAAUAAAUGUGUCGGAGUAUGCAAAAAAUGAAGACAAAGAGUUGGAUUUAAUGCCAUUUUCAGACGCGACGUUGGAUCAGUUAGAUCUCGACUUACAGAAGCGACUUAGAACACUUUCAUCUAAGAUUCUAGACGCGCUGCGACAGCUUUAA